CGAUCGCGAGUGAGACAACAAAGGAACGGUGUAUUGCUACCCUGCUCGCGUUUGUCGCAUAAACAUGAAAACACGACCUUAUUUACCGGUACACACAGCUAAAAUACAGAGGAAAAUACAAAAAUCUACGUCAGAGGAUUAAAAAUUACGUAAAACUGUUUUUAAUUAAGGUAGCUAGUGUGUUAAUCCAUUGAAAAUGUAGUGAGAUAGUGUGAAAUUGGUAUUAUUAUUGGAAGUGCUGUUAAUUCGUAAAUACACUGCGUUGCGACGAUGAGACACGAAGAUGACUGAACGGAGCGAGCGUAGCAAGAUGAGCAAGGCUCUGAGCGCGUUCAGCGGCGGGGAGGCGUGUGGAGCACGAUGGACCCUUGGAGCACUCCUCCUGGCACCUCUAGCCGCUGCCAACUCCAGCUACUGCGCCGUACCUGCGGUCAUGCUCCUUGCAAUCUUCAUCACUAUUGCCACCUUCACGUGCAAAGACCUCAAAAAGCUGGCCGAAAUACUUCCACCACCUAAAACAUCUAGAGGCCGUCGCGAGCGCAAUUUACGCUCUUUCGCAGAUUUCAUGGCAAUGUGGAUGACUUUCCUCUCUCAUUUGGUGGCUGUUGCAAUCUGUGCUCGUAUACUGAGCGCCACAGCUGAUCAUGUGACUGGUGGUCGGACUAGAAGAUGGUUGUUUGGUUACGAAACUCGAGCACUUGGGGAACCCUGGCCUGAUGUGCUCGGAGUCACCGUAGUCAUGGUCGUUUGUGCCAUGUUCAUGUGCGGUUUAGAGGAAAGCAUGAUGUUUACCUUCAUGCUGUUGAUCCUUCUGUACAUCUUCAGUCAGUUCUUUGCCAUUUUCGGUCUCAUCAACUUUGACAUAGCCAACAUCAAUAUGCCGAUACCGAUCACCGUAUAUGAAUUAUUCGCAGCUGGUGCACCAAUAUCCUAUGCCUUCAAUGUAAUCCUCCCGAAAGAAAAUGGUGCCUUAAAGAAAAAUCUUUUCCUCAUGAUCGGACUGCCCACCAUAGUCCUCUCAGGAUUAUGUUUCCUCUACACUAAUAUGCUAAAAGGGAACAGCAUCGACGCGGCUCUGCCGGUGACCACGCUGCUGGAGGCGAGGGCCGCGGGCUGGGUCUGUCCAGUGCUAGCUGCUGUGACGGUAGCCGGCAUCUGCCUCGCCUUGACCGAGCUCUGUCCAUUACUCUUCACUGUCCUAGUAGCUCUAGCCUCACCCGAAUGGAAGGUGCUUACUAGGUCAAUGACUUACGAGAGCACGACUACCGGCAGUCCAGUUCUAGCUGUAUUUACUGCCGGAAGUUUGGCAGCGAUACUUGCGUUUGCGUGCCCCUUGUCACAUAUGAUCACUCUUAUGAAUGCGAGCCACUUGCUUGGGAUAUCGAUACAGGCCUUACAUUUUAUUAUUAUGAGGUGCGUUCCAACAGCUGAACAGAAAGAAGCUGGAGAUAUUGAAUACAAACGUUUAGGAAGAGAAGCUGCGAGAGGAUCGAAAGCAUCUGGAAGUAAAGCCAAGCGAUCGGGGCUUUGGUUCAUUCCAUCUGCUAUUCGCCACACCAAAACUCUGGAGAGUAUCAAGUCUAAAGUAACAACAAAAGAAACUGAGGAACGAGAGUGCCUUCUUCUAGAUGAAUAUGCAGGUUGUCCUACAGAAGAGAAUGAUCCGACCAGUAGCAGCAGUGGAGUGCCUAUGGCUACUGCAGAGGUGGAUGUGGUAUCUGAUGCUGAAGCCAGUGAGCAGGAGAUGUCUUCGGGAGAUGACUCCACAGACAUUGAUGCAGUCGUGAAGGAGUAUAGAGAUAGGAUACAAGUGGUAACUUCAGUCCCUGAGUCCAGCACUCCAUCUCCGCCGUGUGUGCGCGGCUCACGCUGGUCGGCAGCUGGUGCUGGGGUGCAACUGGUAGCUGAUGCUAUCAUCGCAGUCGCCUUCUGCAACGAAACCAUCAGACUGCCUAUGUUCGCUAUUGGAAUACCACUGUGGCUCACGGGUACCUUCAUAUGCGCGUGGCAGCCCGCUCAUAACCUGGGUAUGAGGAAAGCGCAAAGCAUUCAAGGUCCUAUAACUAUGCUGACCGCUUUACUGUUCCUAACUCCUUUACUCGUCGACUCCUGGCCAGCUAUUACGCUGUUUGCAGGCGCUGGUGUAGUGAUAUACGCUCGUUGUGAACGUUGGUGCGGAGACCUCGCUGUGCAGCAAGCGCGCAGUGCUAUGGAGAGACGCAAGUUGAGACCUGUGUCGGCGACGGUCCCUCUUACUGGAGCCCGUCUGACCCAUAUAGACACUGUGUAUAUAGCCAGAUGACAGGAAGAUGACUCGGAUACGAGUCUGGAUAAUCUAUUAGACGCGGAGGAUGAGGACGCUGACGGUGAAUGACAACAGGCCGAGGCUAUUAUCAUCAUCGCCCCAUAGUCAUCAGCAUUGUGAUUAUUUGUGAUUUCAAUUCAUAAGGACACAGAUUGAAUCAUCUGAUUGAUUCUAUCCAUUUUUUGUGCAAUCUUAGAGAAUUUGUCAUUUUGCCGUACCUAUCUACCUAAUUCAAGGGAUAGGAAAGUGUUGUUGUGCUACUAAAUAGCUAGCUAGGUGUUAGAAAACUAAAUUACUAUUAACCCUUCGUGUGCCGAUCGCGGAUCCACGCGAGACACAAUGUGUUUUCUAUUGUUGUCUUAUACACAAGAGGUUAAUGAACUGUUUGCGAGGAUGUGCUAAAUUAAUUGUUAGUAAUUGGUACCUAUUUGAAUGUAGGUAGUCAGAAUUGGUUUUGACCAGACUGGCGCGAAACAGCGGAGGGCUGUCAGGAACCCGCAGUUUUCAUACAACUUCAUCUGGCCUCCUAGUUAGGCCCAUUAGAUGCCAUCUUGACUAUGUACUUAAGUAUAAUUAUAUAGAAUGGUGUUGGGUAUUCACCGCAUCAAAAUGAGAGAUUAGGAUUUAAAAAAAUAUUCAAGUCUGCAUUGUGUGGUUCCGAAACGGAGAUCGCAAAGCUCCAAAUAAUUGGAUUAGAUUAUCUAAACAUUAAGGGAUACCUUGAAUAAUCCAGUUCAUGAAAAAAUAUGUACUCUAGUGCCUAGAAAAUGUUGAAAUUUAUUCGUGCUAGCUGUUUAUAGCUUUUGGAUAUUUUAGGUCCCACUUAUUUAGGGACACAUUUGAUCCUACACAGAUAUUUACAACUUAUGCUAGCUUGGUGCGUUUUCUAAAUUGAGUCAUGUAGGUAUGUAAAUAAAAAACGUUUUUAAAUGUCGUAAAAACUUCAUCCGUCCAUCCGCCAUUGCCACGUCGGCACGCUUAGCCUGAUGCAAUUAAUCACGUGUAAGUACAUGAUAAAUUAUAAGAAAAAAAAACUUGUAUUUUUUCACUUAAAAAAUUCGUGUUAGAUUAAAAUAAAAUUGUAAAUAAAUUGAACAAUUAAAAAGAAAUCUCAAUGUCGCAUUUUAAAAAUAAUAGAAAACUAAUUUGAUGGUAAUGAUAAUACAAUUUGCAGUUAUGAUUAGCUUUGCUUACUAUUGUAAGCAAAUCGGCCUACACGAUGUCAUAAGAAUAGGAAUGAUCGUGAUUAAUUUAGCAAUAAAAAUGCUGGUUCGCA